CACCACGCCGCCGCCAAACCGCGAAAAAAAAGCACAUGUCACCCUCACUGCUGGCGCCGCCGGGGUGAGUGCUCUGCCUGUUUUGUUCCUUCUUUUUCAACACUCGCGCCGCCAUUGGUAGUCGGCCGCGACACCACGACAGGCUGUAAAAAAACCCUCUCUCGGCCAUCCUGGCUCUUCGCGCCUCCCUCUCCUUUUCUUACCCUCCCUCCCUCCGUCCCUCCCUCCUCCUCGUUCUCUCCCUCCUCUCGCCUGAUAAGACACACGUCUGCGCCUCGCACACCGCAACGGGCCAGGCCACUUGCAGGCCCCAUUAUCCCGCGCUGCAGAUUCCAUCGCCUCCCGUCUCGGCUCCCCUGCCGUAGUUGACAUCGUCACGCCGCUCUCUCGCCGCCGCCACUGCCCCAUGCGUCUAUAAACCGUGUCAUCUACUACUACUACUUCUACUACUACUACCAGACGGGACCCUCCGCCAGACCAUCCAAGGGACGACAACCACCUCCAGCUCAAUGACGCCGAUAACCCACGGUUAUCUCAUCCUGGCCGCCGUCGUGACUUGACUCCUGACUUGCGACAACCGCGGGAAUCCAAGGAUCCUGCCUGCUCACUCACUUGCGCCCUUGCCGCUCGUCCACAGCCCCAUAUCAUAGGGCGCGGCCUCGACAACACGUUUGCUCAAGCAAGUCAGGCUUGUCUUGUCAAAUCGACCCCGGCGGCCAGGCCAGACCCCGGACAGCCGCCUCUUUUUUUUCUCCAUUUAUAAUACAUAGUCACAACCACUCAAGCACAGCUUUCCCCACGGGAUAGUCUCGUCUCGUCUUAUCGGCGCCCUUUUCGAUCCACGUAUAGCAAUCCUCCGUUGUCGGCCUGAUAACGGCGCCCAGAAGCUAGCCUCCCCGGUUACUGGAACCUCUUCUGGAUUGGUGCUCUACUGUAUCCUGCAGUCGUGCCAACUGCUUGACGCGUUUCUAUCCUGGUUGGCCCGACCUCCUUACCUACAUCUGCAAGCCGAUAGGAGGCUCUCGCACCGCUGACAGCCGUUGAUCCCCUCGACCCGCGCCAGACCACCGGGAAACCGGAGCGUCUGGGGUAACCGGCCUGCUCUGCCACCCCCGUCCCCUCCCGACGGAAGCUGGGGCUCUGGCGUCUCCCGACGCCAUCACACGGCCAUCGUCCUGUGCGCAUUCGCGUGGCUCGCCUAUGCUGCUACCAUCAAUGGCGCACAACGCAACUGUCCAACGCACGGCGCCCAUAGCCAUCGCGCCCAAGCCGCCUCGGCCUGAGCAGCCGCCCCAGCGCCAGGAUAGCCUGCACCGCUUUGAAAUAGGCCCGGCCAGCCUGCAGACUGCCGAGUCCACGUCCUUCUCCGGAUCCGUGGCCCCACCCUGCCAGGCCUGCCGCUUCUCUGGCACCAAGUGUGUGCUCGGCGAUGAUGAAGAUGGCUGUGUGCCCUGUCAGACCAACGGCUCCGAGUGCUCAUUGUCUUCGAGUCCGCAGUCUCGAAAAAGGAAACUGAACGGCGACUCAUCCAACGACGCAGGACUAGGGAAGCGAAGUUCCCCUGGCAUAUCUGCCCGGCGACUUCAAAACUCGAGCCUCUCGAGCACUGCGGCUAGCAGCUCCUUCCUCGAGGACAUGGCCAAUGUCGGCGGCCCGACGAUGCUCAAGCGGACCUUGGGCCUCCAGAAUGACCGGUACAGCCAGUACAUUGGUCCAACAACCGACUUUGAGCCGUCUCUCAUCAACCUGUCCACCUUUGACCCCCAGGACGAGAGUCUGCUGUCUAGGGGCACUCUCCGCAAGGUCAGCGAUACCGACACAUUCUUGAUGUUACCGGACCACGCCACGCCGGGCUUCGAGCACAUCAUCCAGGACGCCGACGCCAUAGAGGCCGUCGUCGCACCCCAUGGACGGAAAUUGAUCGACUUGUACUUCCGGAUCGUCCAUCCAGCCUUUCCGAUCAUCCAGAAGCACGUGUUUCUGGAAAAGUACGAGCGGUCGCAUCGAGAAUUCUCGCCUCCGAUCUUGGCUGCUGUCUACAUUCUGGCCAUCAAUUGGUGGGAGCAGAGUGAUGACUUGUCCCCCCUGCCUCGGCCAAAUGUGCAAGAGCUCGAGAGGUUGAUUCGGCAGACACUGGCAGACGCCAUGAACCGGCCAAAGCUGUCAACCAUCCAGGCCGGCCUUUUGCUGUCGCAACGUCCCGAGGGCGAUCAGUGGGCGCCGACUGCGCAGCUCGUUGCCAUCGGGCAGGAGCUCGGACUGCACCUGGACUGUUCGAACUGGAAGAUCCCACCGUGGGAGAAGGGCCUGAGGCGGAGACUUGCUUGGGCGUUGUACAUGCAGGACAAGUGGGGUGCUCUCGUCCACGGUCGCCCAUCGCAUAUCUGCUUGUCGAACUGGGGGGUCCGACCUCUCUCAGCCAACGACUUCCCCGACGUCGAGUGGGAUGAGAACGACCAGGACGAGAAGGAAGACGUUGAGCGGGGACGGCUCCUGUUCACUCGGGUGGUGCAGCUCUCGGGCAUCCUGGCCGAGAUCCUCGAGACGUUUUACACGCUGCAGUCGACCACCACGAUCUCCGAGGCGGGCCAGCAGGGGACCCACCUGGUGCUGUCCAUGGCCAAGCCCGUGCAGCUGAAGCUCAAGGAAUGGUACGGCGGGCUGCCGGCCACGCUCCGCCUCGAGCCGUACUCGAGCAGCAGCUACUCGCCGUCACGGGCAACGACGACGAGCAGGCUGUCGAGCAUCGGCUACCUCCACCUGGCAUAUUUUGCCACGGAAAUCACACUCCACCGGCGAAUCAUUCGGUCGCUGGCGUCCAACUCGUCUGGGGUGGACCCCUAUGUUCAGCACAUCUGCCGCAGCGCGGCCAAGGCGCGCCUCAUCUCGGCCAUGGACUUUGUGAACCGGUUGACGCCCAGUCACCUGAGCUCUUUCUGGUACUUUGCAUCCAAGACAAACUUUGCCCUCAUCGGCACGUUUGGCUCGCUGCUGUGGGCGACGUCGCCCGGCCGAGAAGAGGCCGACUGGUACCGGAGGCGGCUGGGCGAGUAUCGGUGGACGCUGUCGGUGAGCUCGAAGCCGGGCGAAAACAGGAACCUGACGGAGUUUGCCAUGACCAUGCUGGACAUUUCGACGGGCCUCCUGAAGAAGCUGCCGGAGAAGCCGUCGAUGAGCCGCAGCGGCAGCCUGGCGGAUAUGUCAGCGCCGUCGAUGCCGUCGUCAUUCCCGAAUUCCUUUGUUGGCUCCUUUGCCGGCGGCAGCAUGCUCGGUCGGUUCAGCAACAUACCCAGCGCCGAUGUCAGCAGCGUGCAGAGCCCACGCAGCGCAGACUACUCGAGCGACGACGACAUGGAGGACAGCUAUGCGACGCCGGUGUGAUGGGACCCCAUGACGAGUAUGGAGCGGCUUUGGAUCUUUGCGGGAGACGGAUAGAGGACGGGGGUGUCAUUUGGAUUUUUGGCGGGAUACACGGGUGUUCGCAGGAACGGAGAGGCGAAGAAGGGGAGAGAGCGUAAAGCCCAAGGGCCGCUGGGGUUAGGGCGCAACGGGGGGCAAAAGACAGGAUGGAGAGAUUGGCACAUGAACGAAUGUCGAAAUGAAAUGGCGUCACUGUUGUUGCGCUGCGCUGCGCAGGACGCAUGAUUGCACCAUCAACUCGCCAACAGCCUUCCUCUUCCAGCGACGCCAGCGUCUCGCUAUGCCGGCUGAUCGUGUACUGUACGGAGUGCAUUGUUAUGUGCCCGUCACUGAGCUCGCAACGCUAUGCGACUGGAAAGCCGAUGGAGCGGUCGAAAGCCUUAAGACCUGAAAGUAGUAAA